UCACAAAUCACAACCAAUGAAGGACCUGUCCUUGUUUCUCCUCAAGAAUUCUCUGGGAGCGAAGAUGAAGAAGGGUAUCAGAAAUUUUUGCAACGGCGAUGACUCAACCUCAACCCUCAAUCAGCACAAUAAAGCCAACCAUGGCGAGUACUCCUCCUCCAACAAGUCCCCUGCAGCUAGCUCCCCUUACAAUAUUAUGCACAUUAAUAAUCCGAAUUCAGGAGAAAGCCCAACGCUGGAGGAGAUGAUAUUGCAGUUGGAAUUAGAAGAGGAGAUUGCCAGAAAAGCAAAGCUGCUUAAUGAUCAGUACUGCAGCCGAGUACAUGGGGGCAGGAUGUCAUGUGUGAACAACUCUGACAUCUUGAGGUCUGCUAGGAAUGCAUUGAACCAGUACCCUCGCUUUUCUCUAGAUGGAAAGGAUGCCAUGUACCGGUCUUCGUUCAGAAACAUGAAUGGUAUUGAAAAGACAGGUGGCAGAAAAUCAGUCUGCUGUGACCAUGGAUUAAGAGGGAGAUUCUCGGCGGGAAAUGAUCAUGAUCAUGAUCAUUUCGAUUCCAGCUUAAUUAAUAAUAAGACUUGGUCUUUAGCGGGAGAGAGUAGUGUGGUAUGGUGCAAACCUGGAGUGGUUGCUAAGUUGAUGGGUCUGGAGGCCAUGCCAGUGCCGCCGUUGAUCAGUACUAGCAGAGAUGGCAAAGAAAAGUUGAGCUCUAUCUCUAUCAUAAAGAGGCAGAAUCUCAGGAGGAGAGCCGAAAGACAUGAAAUAGAGAGAAGACUUGCCAUGGAUCAGAUUCAUAGUAACGGUACUUGUGAUGGCGGAACCAAGAGGCCGGGAAGGAAUAGGAUGGCUUCCUGUUCAAGGACUACUACUGGAUACUGCGUUAUGAAGCCGGUUCAAGUGGAACCUGCAGCGAGUGUUGCAGCAGUUUGGCCAGCGAGGCGCUUUCUCUAGACUUGUUAAAACUGUUGCUUAAUUGUAAUAUUAAUAAAUAAUAUCCCUUUUUACACAAUGUUCCGUUAAUUAUAGCCUUUUCUUUAAUGCCAAUGUCUCCCUCGGCCGUUUAA